CCUGGCUGUCUUUCCACCUACGGAACCCCCUCCCCCCCGAAAUUCCUCUUUCCUGGUAGCUGGCCUUGACCAUCGCCUUCUCUCUUCCCCCGAUCUCAUCCUCAUCGCUACUUCCUCUCACCAUCGCCACGGUUCAGAGCAAACCGCUCUUCCUGCUUCCGCCGUUUAUUUCAUCCUCAAUUUCAGGCUUGGUUCCCCUUUACGGCCACCAAGUUCCUCGACUCGCGCGAGCUUCGCAACUGCUCCUUCCUACCACACAGUACCGACCGAAUCUUCGUAACACUGCAAAAUGGCCGCUAGCGGUAACCCCUCGCCAGCUAUCGAAGCCCCCGCUGCCUCCCUGGCUCAGGAUGCCAGAAAUAUCGUGAGAAGAAAGUUGACUGGCUAUGUUGGCUUCGCCAACUUGCCCAAUCAGUGGCACCGUAAGAGCGUCCGCAAGGGCUUCAACUUCAACGUUAUGGUUGUUGGUGAAUCCGGCCUCGGAAAGUCUACCCUCGUCAACACUCUGUUCAACACCUCGCUCUACCCCCCCAAGGAGCGCAAGGAGCCUAGCUUGGACAUCAUCCCCAAGACUGUCACUAUUCAGUCCAUCAGUGCUGAUAUCGAAGAGGCCGGUGUCCGUCUCCGUCUUACCGUCGUGGACACUCCCGGCUUUGGUGACUUUGUCAACAACGACGAGUCUUGGCGCCCUAUUGUCGACAACAUUGAGCAGCGCUUCGAUGCUUACCUUGACGCCGAGAACAAGGUCAACAGAAUGAACAUUGUCGACAACAGAAUCCACGCCUGUGUUUUCUUCAUUCAGCCUACUGGCCACUCUCUCAAGCCUCUUGACAUUGAGGUUAUGCGCCGCCUUCACACCAAGGUCAACCUCAUUCCCGUCAUUGCUAAGUCUGAUACCUUGACCGACGAGGAAAUCACCAGCUUCAAGGCCAGAAUCUUGGCCGACAUUAAGCACCACGGCAUUCAGAUCUUCGAGGGUCCUCGCUACGAACUCGAUGAUGAGGAGACUAUUGCCGAGAACAACGAAAUCAUGUCCAAGGUUCCCUUUGCUGUCGUUGGCGCCACGAACGAGAUCGCCACUGCUGAUGGCCGCAAGGUCCGCGGUCGUCAGUACCCCUGGGGUGUCAUUGAGGUUGACAACGAGGAGCACUGCGACUUCGUCAAGCUUCGCCAGAUGCUCAUCCGCACGCACAUGGAAGAGCUCAAGGAGCACACUAACAACAACCUCUACGAGAACUACCGUACCGACAAGUUGAUCGCUAUGGGUGUCUCCCAGGACUCCAGCGUCUUCAAGGAGGUCAACCCUGCCGCCAAGCAGGAGGAGGAGCGUGCCCUCCACGAACAGAAGCUAGCCAAGAUGGAGGCCGAAAUGAAGAUGGUCUUCCAACAAAAGGUUGCCGAGAAGGAGAGCAAGCUCAAGCAAUCGGAAGAAGAGCUGUACUCGCGCCAUCGCGAGAUGAAGGAGCAGCUCGACCGCCAACGCCUCGAGCUGGAGGACAAGAAGCAGCGCAUCGAGAGCGGCCGUCCCCUCGAGAAGGAAGGCAAGCGCAAGGGAUUCUCUCUGCGAUAGUCACUCUGCACCUUGCUUCUAUUUCAUCACGACUUGCUCUUGCUCUCUGUACGACCAUAUCCUGGGUGUUCCUCGUGGCCAUACAAUACCGGCUCAACGCUGUCACUUUUCUUUCAUUGUUUGUUUUUCGUCGCCUUGUCAGGUCAGCUUUUAUUUUAAUCAUGAAUCCGUAUCUAAUUAUUCAACCGGAAAAGUCUUUCUUGUGAAGGUGCACAGGUGGGAGAAGGUGUUAUACCACAAUGGUCAGCAAUGCCAAAAUGUACAGCCUUUGAUCAGAAGAAAAUACUUUGAGAACAAAAAUUUCCCUGUUUUACAUAUUUUUUUGAUUGACCUGCGUGAUUUGUGUGAGCUGCGUAGACGUAGGACGGAGAUGAACAGCUUGUACACAUGUUCAUGAACGCAUAACAACGACUGAUGAGGGAGCGAGGGAGAAUACUCGUUCAUUCGUAGAUUCUAUUUACAAGGUUCUGAUAUAAUACAAAUACAAACAUGUGAAAAAGGGGCGAUUCGCUGUACUUUUUAUAGCCUGUGUUGCCGGCUUUGGAUGCUUUGAUAGUAUGUGAUGCAGAUAUGCUCACUGCUCACUGCACAUGGGCACAAGUGAGAUGUGUUACAUUUGUGUUGCGGUUACUGGUGGAAGUGUUUGCAAGAUAUUUACCUCUUCUUGCGCAACAAGAACGCACCGACAACACCUGCCGCCAGGCCGAUGCCACCGACAAUGGCGGCUCCGAGAAGACCCUCCUUGGCAACCUUGUCAUCGAUGAGCUGACGGAGAUCAGAUGCCUGGAGGUUAGCAGGCUCCUUCUCGAGUAGGUGGUCGUUGAAGCGGCGGGCUUCAGCGUAGUUGCCGAGCUUGUAGUUUCCUAGGGCGAGGUAGUAAAGACAUUCGCGGCGUCGUUCGGGCUCGAUGCGGAAGAUUUCGGAGAGAAGUCGGACGCCGAGCUGCUGUUCUCCUCGAGUGUUUGACUUGACGAGGCC